CUUGAAAUUUCAAAGGCUUUCCAAAGAUCUAUAAUCCAUCGUUACAGUAUGUAUAGGGAUUCGAUGUCUCUGAUCGAAAUGCUUUGGACUUGUUUAUCUUUUACAAUCACUGUAGCAAUUAUACUCGUAAGCCUUAGUGUCCUGAGCUUGGCGAUCUAUCGCUUAUACAUGCAUCCUUUACGAAAAUACCCUGGUCCAGCCCUAGCCGCAUCGACGAAUUGGUAUAUAGCAUUCUGGGCUAUGAAAGGAAGAUACCAUCGAAAGUUGCGUUCCUGGCAUGAGAAAUAUGGUCCCGCAAUCAGAAUUGCUCCCAACACUAUCUCUUUCAGCUCCCAUCGGAGCUACCAGGAGAUCUACAACAGCAAUGCAAAUUUGCGUAAACAUGACAGCUAUCGUGCUUUUAGUGCAAGCCGUCGCAGGAGCCAUGUUAUGAGCACGGUCACCCGAGAUGUCGCAAAUGUUAAACGUCGACCUUAUCUACAAACGUUUUCCAAUCAAAAUAUGAGAAGACUUGAAAAGCGGCUUCUUGUCCAUUUUCAGAUGUUUGUAUCACAACUAACUGAUUCAACUGGAGAAACUAGUUGGAGCCCCCCCGUCGACAUAGCGGAAAGAUGUAUCUGGCUCACUCACGAUGUCAUCACGGACUCGGUUUUCACGAAAGGUUCAAAUAUGCAAACCUUUCCUGAGCUGCGUGGAUUGCUGUCUGCAACGAAGUUCAUGAGCUGGCGUGGUAUAAUUUGUUUCCUGCAGCCUCAGUUUUACAAAUUGAAGUUGGAUCGGCUAUCUGCUCCAUUAUCUUACUAUGAGUUGGUCAAGCUGGGAAAAUAUGCGUGGCAGCGAACCGAAGAGCGUCUAUCAUUAGACGUUGAUGACAACUUCGAUUUGUUUGGCAGUAUAUUAAGCAUGCAAGGCAAAUUGGAUUUCAAAUACGAUACCAAGGAUUUCUGGGUAGAGGCAAUGCUCAUGCUGGGUGCAGGUGUUCUAACAGUUGGCCCUACAAUGAGUUCAUUGUUCUUUUUUGUCCUGCACGACCCUGAAGCUCUCGCCCAACUUACCAAGGAAGUACGCUCUGCGUUUUCUUCCGUCGAUGAGAUUCGGUUGGGUCCAAAACUAUCUGGAUGCGUGUUCUUGCAUGCAUGUAUUGACGAGACAUUACGGAUGGUCCCGGGUAUUCCAAACUUACUACCCAGACGGGUACUCAAAGGUGGAGCUAUGAUAGAUGGAGAAUAUCUUCCAGAAGGUACUGUGGUUGGUUCAUCAAUCUAUGUUGUCCACAGAAAUCAGGACCAUGUGAAUCCCGAUCGUUUCCGGCCCGCGCGGUGGUUAGAAGGCGGGAAGUUAAUUCCACAGGCAGCAAGGAAAUCGUUUUUCCCCUUUGGGUUUGGGGCGCGAUACUGUGUGGGUUCUAAACUAGCUAUGGCCGAGUUGCAGAUUGUGGUAGCAAGAGCAGUCUUUUCGUUAGACAUGCGUCUAGCAUCUGAUGCACCUUGCUGCAGAUCCACUUCUGCUAGUAUAUGUACAGAUCGAGAGUUCAAGACAUAUAUUGGUCUCCAAGUUAAAGGACCUCUAGCACAAUUUAGAAAACACUCUAAUUUUUAG